AUGCUGGUUUGUUGCAGACAGUAUUCCUGGCUCUUCUUCCUGUCCCGGGGGGUCGUGGGCGCUGGUGCAGCAAGUUACUCCACCAUUGCACCCACUGUCCUGGGUGACCUCUUCGUGAAGGAUCAGCGGACCUGUGUACUGGCUGUCUUUUACAUCUUCAUCCCUGUUGGAAGUGGUCUGGGCUACGUGCUGGGGUCAGUUGUGGCUGAGCUAACAGGGAACUGGCGUUGGGCCCUCCGAAUCAUGCCCUGCUUGGACGCUCUGGCCUUAGUCCUGCUCAUCCUGCUGGUUCCAGACAUACCUCGAGGAGCAGCUGAGAAACAGGAAGAAGUGGCUGUGGAGGCUCCGAGGAGCAGCUGGUGUGAGGAUGUCAGAUACUUGGGGAGAAACUGGAGUUUUGUGUUUUCAACUCUCGGAGUGACAGCCAUAGCUUUUGUGACUGGAGCUCUGGGCUUCUGGGCACCCAAGUUUUUGUUUGAAGCUCGAGUGGUCCACGGCCUACAGCUUCCCUGCUUCCAGGAUCAGUGCGGCAGCCAGGACAGCCUGAUUUUUGGGGCACUGACUGUCGCCACCGGCAUUAUUGGUGUCAUCCUGGGAGCAGAGGCCUCAAGAAGGUACAAGAAGGUGAACCCCAGGGCUGAGCCCCUCAUCUGUGCUUCUAGUCUGUUUGCCACAGCUCCCUGCCUCUACCUGGCUCUCAUCUUGGCCUCAAGGACCCUCCUGGCCUCCUAUGUGUUCCUGGCCCUCGGCGAGCUCCUUCUGUCUUGCAACUGGGCAGUGGUUGCUGACGUCCUGUUGUCGGUAGUGGUGCCUAGGUGCCGGGGCACAGCAGAGGCGCUUCAGAUCACAGUGGCCCACAUCCUGGGAGAUGCUGGCAGCCCCUACCUCACUGGACUUAUCUCCAGUGUCCUGCAGACUGGGCGUCCAAACUCCUAUCUGCAGCGCUUCCUCAGCCUGCAACACAGCUUCCUGUGCUGUGCCUUUGCCAUCGUGCUGGGUGGUGGCUGCUUCCUACUGACUGCACUGCACCUGGAGAGAGACCAGGCCCAGGCCAGGCAGUCUGGCAAAGGAACUCUGGAGAGCAAGGAUGCAACCAGCAGGAACACUGAGCACCAAGGUCUGCUCUCCAGCACCAGCACUCCAGCAGAAGAGCCCUAAGCCCAUCUUACAGUGAGCAGGCUCCAUCCUACCCACAUCCUUUUGGUGGCCCCACCCAUCCUGGCUGUGACUCAGGGACCCCAGCUAAGCUACUUGUCACUUGUUCAAUUUCUACUAGAGAGCUGCCAGGACCCAGGAGCUGGCUAGAUUGAGUUGUUACCACCCUCCAAGGAGGCUGGGCCCGGUGUCUGCACCCAGCAGGGAGGCCAGGCCCUUAUUAAAUCAUGACCAGUGCAAAGCCUUGGGAUUUCAGGGAUUCUUAGACCCAUCUUGUUAUUUAUAGCCUUGUGAAGUCUCUGCAGGAAGGGGGAUGGCAGGCCAGGCCUAGGAUUCACGGUGGCCUCUACAACAGGGACCCUGAGGAAGUUGCUUGGCUUUGG